AUGACCUCCCAAAACAGUGUCUUGGGUCUUGGGGACGCCGUUACAGACGACAAAACGCCUUUCAAGUCACACGACGCGGAGAUACCAAUGGCAAUUUCUGAAGAAAAAUUCAAUGGUGAUCGCCUGAGGUGGAACAAGACCACAGCCGGGUUCUUCUUGUUGGGAGUUCUAGCAUCACUACCGGCCGCGGUUACAACUACGGCAUCAAACGAAACGUUCUCUGGUCUCACUGGGCUCUAUGAAGUUGUAGCAUCUGCCAGCGCUGCUAUCAUCUCCUUCGGCGGCCCAUUCCUCAUUCGUUAUGUCUCGUACGAUCAAUGUACAAUCUUAUGUACUGUGGCUUCGCUCCUAUCGUACAUCAUCUGCACCCUGCCCCAUCCUCUGGGUGACGGCAAAGAGAACUUGGCAGGCCCAGUCAUCGGCACCAUCCUCGCAGGGUUCGUCUAUGCUUUUGGAACAAACGUCUACCUAUCAGUCGCAGCCUUCUUCCCGGCGGAAGCCGUGCUAGGCUUAAGCGUCGGCAGCGGCUUCGGAAUAAUUCUGGGCCCUCUUCUCUACAUUGGACUCGAGGCAGCCUACAAGCAAAGCUGGCGUCGUACAUUCCUCACGCUGCUCUCAACAGUCGUCAUCAUUCCAAUCGUUUGGUGGGGUCUUGUGGACAAGACUAGACGUACUGCUGCUGAGCGAUCCCGGCGUGAGUCGGGAAGCGGACGCGCAGUUGCGGAGAAUACACAACCACUUGGAGAUGAAGCUUUCGCCGAAUCUAGCAUCGGCACAACUGAUGAGUGGUCAUUGCAAGCACAUCAGGCGGGUAAUUUGAAGCCAGGGUUCGGCCCUAAACGAUCGCGGCUGCAGCUGGUGUUCAAGAGACUUGUUCCCAAAUACGUCGUUCCGUUAUUUCUAUGCACGUCGUCGGCAACUAUUUCCUCCUUAGGAACUUCCCCAUCGCUCCAGACCUUGGACCGGUUAAGAAACAAACCAGAAGGUGAUAUACAGUUUCAACUAGGUUUUCUUGCUUAUGGGACUGCGCAGUUCCUAUUUAGUACAUUCUCAUCGGUCUAUCAUAUCCCGCUCAUAUGGAUAUGGACGGGCGCUGAAAUCUCACUUCUGGCAAUCGGCCUUGUACAAUUGUUCUACCCGUUCUUAACGUAUUACGGCGUCUGGAUUGUGGUGAUGUUCUUAGUUGGAGGGUGUGUUGGUGGCGGAGUGACGAACACUAAUUACAAGAUUGCCCGGGACUUCCAACGCGCUGGAGAGCCAGACGAGGUUCGUAGCUUUGCGAUGAGUUUUGCAGGUCUGGGAAACUUUGGCGGCGAUGCUAUUGGAGGCGCAUUGGCAAUCUUGGUCCAGCAGCUGAGCACAACCCGGCUUGUCCCCGGACCUCGAGGUUGA